UUACAGUCCCAGAGCAUCAGAUUACACAGCUCACCAACACGGUAGGUGGGUUGAUCUGUGUUUUUUUUUUUUUUGCUCUGAGUGGGAGGAUUCUGGAUUUGAGCCAAGAUGUGACAGCAGUGGAAAGCUGAGCGAGUAAAGUAACAAUUACUGAACGGAGAGAGAGGAGAAGGGAGAAGAUAAGACACAAUGGCGGAAGAGUCUCAGUUGUCAGAUUUGGAGAAGGCCAUUAACACUCUGGUCACAAACUUCCACUCGGCUUCGGCUGACAAAGGCCCCUCACUGAAGGCAGAUGAAUUCAAGAACCUUCUUUCCUCCCAGCUGCCUAACCUUGUCAAGACCACAGGAGGAGAUGCCGGUUUCGGAGAGGUGAUGAAGCUAAUGGGGGUAAAGGAUGGAGAGGGAAUAACCUUCAAACACUUCUGGUCCCUGAUCCAAAAUGUGGCUUCAAGCCAGUAUGGCCAGCUCAGUCACGAGAAGGUGUCCAAAUGCACCUGCCUUCUACUGUGAUCGCCAGGCAUCAUCCGCAGACCCGGUCGAAAUGGAGUGAUGCUGCUAACACCAAGAUUUGAUCUCUGUUGUUCUCCAUUUAACCAGUUAUACCCAUUUUAUUUUUCAAAACACUAACAGCUCUUCUACAACCAUCUAUUCUUUCAGUGAAAAUGUCAGUGCUUAAUAAGUAUUUGCUACAAAGCCUCAGAUCUCUAGGCACGAGCCGACUUAGAAUCACAAUCAGUGUGUAUCAUGUCUAAAGUGGCCACAAAUCUCUUUGUAAAACUGCACAAUUAGCAUGAAUUAUUGUAAACUGGAGUAUUGUAAAAUAUAUUUUUCCACUAUAUCUGCAUAUGUCAAAGGCAUCAGCAAACUUAUUGCUUGACCAAUAGAGACCAUUGUGGUCAGAAUGUUUUUUUUUAUGUUUUGUUUUUAUCUGUAACACCACUAGUAUUGUCUCAUACAAUGUUUAGUAUGUUUGUGAGUAAUAACACAAGUCUGUGACUUCUCACCAUCCUGUUUAAAAGUGUAUCCGUGCCAUUUAAAGUUUUAAGAGAUUGAUACUUCUUCAGAAGGGUCGUCUUGCAGUUAUAUUUUUUCUCCAUAUUUAUAUUUUGUAGUUCUCCUUUUUCUGGCCGCAAAUUCAUUACUAUUCUGCAAUGUCUAAUGUAAUAAAACACAAAAACCCUCA